AUGGAAGAGACAGUUGCAAGGCCCUCAGUGUUCGUGGUGGAUGGACAGACAGACAUCCCAUUCAGGAGGCUGGGGCACAGCCGCAGGAGACAGCCCUGCAGUGCUGCCCAGCUGGGACUGGGCCUCAUGCUGCUGUUGGUGGUGGCCGGACUGGCUGUCCAGGGCUGGUUCCUGCUGCAGCUGCACUGGCGCCUAGAGGCGGUUAGCGGCCCCCUGCAGAAGUGCAAAACACUGGGAGCAGCUGCUACAAGAGCAGAAGCCCAAGCAAGACAAACCAGCAGCACACCUCACAGAGGGGCAGACUUCAGCCGGACUGGCAAGGAAGGCCCGCUGCGAUGGAAGACGAAACUGGGCCUGGCCUUCUUGAGGGGCCUUAGCUACCGGGAUGGGGCCCUGGUGGUCGCCCAGGCCGGCUACUACUACAUCUACUCCAAGGUGCAGCUGGGUGGUACGGGCUGCUCCCAGGGAUUGACCGGCUGCCUGCCCAUCACCCACGGGCUCUACAAGCGCACCGCCAGCUACCCCGAGGAGGUGGAGCUGCUGGUCAACCGGCGGUCGCGGUGCGGGCGAGCAGACGGCUCCCAGGUGUGGUGGGACAGCAGCUUCCUGGGCGGAGUGGUCCACCUGGACGUGGGGGACGAGGUGGUGGUACGUAUGCCAGGCGAGUGCGCAAUCCAAGCCCACGACGGCACACGCUCCUAAUUCGAGGCCUUCAUGGUGUGAAGUACGUGGUCGGGGCUAAUCCAACCUGCGUCUCCGACAAGUAAGAGACCUCAGAGGAUGCCUCUGGACACAGAAGAACAGGAGGUUUUUAGAGCGGGCCUGGGGGACACCCAAAGUUGACAGGUGGAGAGCUCAGUGGGGACUAGCGAGAAUGCAGCUGCCCCAAGAACCAGCAGGCACCUCUGAAGGAUCAAAGGAGACUGCAGGCCCUGCCUGGACAACACUGGGGGGGUCUGUUAGCCCCCAGGCAGGGGCUAAAGCUGAUCUUGAUAUUCAGGAAGGGGUGAGGGGUGGCUAUUUAUACUUCCGAUUCAGAUCUAAGGGACAUGGUGAUGGUGGCGGUGGUUGGCUAAGACAGGAAAUUGUAUUUAUACUUUUGAUUCAGAUUAAAGUGGGACAUGGGGGUCCGGGGAGUUGCCUGAGAACAGAAAAUUUCUUAACACCCUCUACCCUCUCACAAGUGUGGGCGAAGUCUGGUAAUGGGUGGAGAGGAUUUAUCAUCAAGACUCACCCACCUUGAACAGCCCAGCCCAGCCCAGCCCUACCCAUGGUCAUAGUCAUGACCCAAGUUCCACCCAUGGGGCUUGUGGCCACACCGCAGCCUGGCCACGAAGCUACCCUCAGAGAAACAGGCGUAGGGACGUGCUGGGAGGUGUUCAACAAACAGCUGUCCCAGGAGGGGACACCCAUUUCCAUGGUGUAAAUUUUCCCUCUGUGGUUCGUUUCUGGCUCCCGGUGUAUACCAUCCACAGGUUGGCUGACACCCAGCACUGCUGUUUCAGCACCCAAGCCAGAGGCUGCUGCACAGGCACUUAGAAGAUGUUUCAAGGGAGAAAAAGAAAAAAAGAGAAAGAGAGCGUGAGAGAAGCAAGGGGGAGAAGGGAGGAAAAAUGAAAGACAGGUGGAAAGAAAGAAAAGGUGAAAGAAGAGAAAGAUGGUUAGAUAAAGACAGAAAAGAAAUAAAGGUGGAAAGGAAGGAAGAAAAGGUGAAAGAAAGGUAGAAAAAAAGGAAGGGUGAAAGGAAAGAAAGAUGGACUGAUAGAGAAAGAAAGAAAAGAUGGAAAUGAAGAGUGAAAGGAAAGAGAAAGAAAAGGUAGCAAAAGUGAAAGAAAUCCACUGUCAUCGCAGCUGCAGCAUCCCAGAGAAUCACAAGCUCAGCCACUCCUUGACAACCUUAGACACAUACACACCAAACAUCAGAUUCCCACACAACCUGGAAGUCCUAGACGGCAGAGCAAACCCUCAGUCACAGACACUACAUUACAACCAUGUACCACACAGUCACACACAAGUCAUCAUCACAGCCCGUCAGCCACACUGGGCCGUACAGUCACACCACGUAUGACACAUGGGAUGCAAUGCUUCUAUGUCAGACUCCCACAUGCUGCAUCACAGUCACACCCAUCACACACACUCGCAGCCUCACAAUGACAAACACACAUAGCCAGUUCUUCCCAGCCACCUCACAUCCUGGGGUGAGGACCAGACUUAGUCUGUAGCCCUUGGACCACUGGCCUUGGAAAUAAAUGCUGAACGUUGCAGCUGGCCUGUCUAGUUCUUAAGGGGCAGGUGGCUCAUGGAGGCCCAGGGACAGAUGGAAUGACCCACAGAGGUCACUUUUACAGCUGAGAACUCUGAACCCAGCUGACCCAACUCCAUGCAGGAGGUUUAGCAGGGAAGCCAGAGACCUGGUGCCCAGGUUUGCUCUAGCCUCAAAUCCACAGUUCCUGAGAAAGCAGAGGCUACACACUUCAGUACCCUUCUUGCCGACAUUCAGCACAGACUGGCACUCUACCCAGGCAGCUGGGAGCUUGGGGUAACAGGGCAUCCAAGAGUGUGGGGAGGGACAGGUAAUGAUAUGCUUACAGACCUGAUGUUUUAUGCAAAUGAGCAUGGACCCAGGAAGCAAGGUUUCCCUGGACCCUAGGAUCACAGCUCAGACCCCAGAGAAUGACUCACUCUUGUUACUGUUGACACAGUUGCCUGGUAAAGGGGGGAAGGGAACCGGCUUUGCCAUCUGAUGGUCUUGAGUUCCAAGUCUACUCUGUCAUUUCCUGGCCAUGUGACACAGGAGCAAACCCCAUCACCUCUCCAUGCCCAGUUCCCUCAUCUGUGAAAUACUAGGUAACAAGGAUUCUCACCUCCUGGGCUUAUUGUAAAGAUGAAAUCAGAUGAGGAGGGACUUUUCUGGUCCAAUGGCUAAGACUCUGCAACUCCCAAUGCAGGGGGCCCCGAUUCAAGCCCUGGUUAGGGAACUAGAUCCCACAUACCGCAACCGAGAGUUUGAAUGCUGAAACUAAAUAUCCCUCGUGCCACAACUAAGACCCAGUGCAGCCAAAUAAAUAAAUUUUUUUAAAAAAGAAAGAAACAGUGAAUUUUAAAAUUAGAUGAGGAAAAAAGCGACUUGGUAUGGUGCCUGGUAUGCAGGAAGAGAUCCAUAAGUACAUGAGUGUCAUUUAGAGAUAUUAAGGAGAGCAUCUGUCAGGCAUGUCCCCUGCCCCAGACAUCUUGUGCAAGUCACAUCCUUUAAAUUUAUUUUUUAAAUGAAGGAUAAUUUCUUUACAGAAUUUUGUUGUUUUCUGUCAAACAUCAACGUGAAUCAGCCAUAGGUGGCGAGUCGCAUCUUCACCUGCACCUCUGGGCAGGAGUUGCUGUUGCCCCCACUUUCCAGAUGCAGCGACCAAGGCUCAGGUGCCUCCCCCACCCCACUCUGCCCACACCAAGGGCACCCAGCUUCAUGCCUCCCUGGCUGGGCUGUUGGGAGGAGAAACAGCCCCAGGGGCCCAGCCUCCACCCAUGCUGGAGUUUCCUUUACUCUCUUCGUGGUCUUUCUGUUUCCGUGGCUUUGAUGAGAAAGCCAGGGUGUGUGCGUGUGUGUAUGAGGGGGACUCAUCAAAGUCACCAGCAGCCACCAACAUCUGCCUGGGGAUGGAACCUCUACAGAGUUGAGCCUCCUAAGAUCACCUUUGGGAGGGGCUUUGAUUUCAGAUAAAAUGCGGGAGCAGGAAGCCCCCAGCCCAGGCCAGUGACCUAUUUACAACUUCUUAGAAGCCUAUCUACUUGACUUCCGCUAACACCACCGAUAUCUUUUCUGAUUUCACCCUCUCCCCGCCCCAAUACUUUCUCAAUACCCAAAGUCUCCUGUCUUCACUCAAUACAACCCCCGACCCCCAGCCGUGGAACAGAAAACUCUUCUCCUUCUCCCCAUCACUUGCCAGGAUCCAGAGGUAAUAGAAGGAAAAAUCAUAGCAAUUAAAUUGCUUCCUACUUUCCUUUGAUGACCCUAUGCCCCUCCCUGCUGCGUUACUAUGGCAUACAAACACUGAGAUGCAUCGUCUCCAAGAAACAGAACCUGCAUGACUGGGGAAGAACCUGCAUGCCAUGUGGCCCAAACAAAC